AUGUCCAGUAGAGCUUCAUCUUCUCAAGCCUCUGGUCAGGAGUCUCCCAUCACUCGUCCUGGCUCGUCGUCCACGACAAAUAGCAUUAACUAUAUGGGGCAGCAGUGCAGUUCCAGAGGAUGUGCAAAGACUACUCUCACUGGCUCUUCUCUCUGCAGUAUCUGCACCUGUCACAAAGAGCACACGGACCGAGAUAAGGGUAAUGGUUCUUCUCCAGUCAAGUCUCCUGCUAGUUUCAUCACCUCGGUGACAGCAAGCCCGGUUCGGAAUGAGUUUGCCUCAAAGACCACAAAUCAUAUCACGCGAAGAUCAACCUCGGCCUCAACAGCUGCCCCAGUGACCUAUGGUGAUCAGAGAACGGACAAGGAGCCAUCUAUAGGAUGGCCGGCCAAAGCGCCAUCAUCGCAUGCGAACGCAACAUUGAAUCCCCAGAAUACAAAAGUGUUGAAUGCUAAGGCCACAGCCCGAAAGACGGCCAAGGCUCUUCCUUCAAGCUCGAGCUUCGUUCCACUAGAGUCCAUCACGGUGGCACAGCCAGGUACAUCAUAUGGCUCCAGCACCAAAGCUACUGGCUCGGCCGCUCUACCUACACAGCCUCCUAUGAAGAAGCAACGGUUGUCCGCUGAUCCUCAUGGGAGCCGGACAAAGCCAAUCAACGGACAGCCAGUGACUAAUGGGUCGGGUUUGCGUGCCGAGCCUGGGUUCGCGCUGCGGCAAGGCCAGAAGCCAGACAAGCAGCUUAAAACCCCAAGUUUAAAGCAAGAUUCAACACCAGCGGAGACCGAGUCAGCUAGGCAAGGGGAUAGUACGCAGAUGCUUGGCGCGGCAGCAGGUCAUGUGAGGGGGCCGACUUUAAUUGAUCUGAGCCGUGAAGACGACGAGAAUGGCUCAGAAGGACGGCCCCCAUCCCAUUCACCUGAGUCUGCAAGUAAUCGAUAUACCGGCAGCGUGGGAUUGCAAAACAAUGCUCCCAUCCGCCCAGUCAACAGCAGUCAGAAAUCGAUGAAUGGAGAAAGACCAACCUAUACCAGUAGCCCGUCGGUCGAAAGGGGUCGGGACCCCGUCGACAGACUGAAAAAUCAUACGCAUGGCGACGUAGCUGGAAACGGCAGAAAUAUUGCGAACGGAGCCCUGGGCAGUUCCAGUCGCAGUCAUCCGGUUGAGAGCCAGCGAGAUUCCAACACUAAAGCGAUGACCAGCCAUCGCGGGACUCGGUCUCCUUCACAGCCAAAUAAAGCGCUACAAUCUGCCCGCGCCCCAGCUCAAGUUUACCAACGGUUUAACCUCUCACCUCCGCCGACGUCGAGGCCCCCAUCGAGCUCAGUGAAAGGUAACCGGAGUGGUGUAGGAGUGACCGGUAGCUUGAAUGGUGAAAUUACUGAGCAGGGCCAACCGGGACAGGCCCGUUCGAAACCGGGUCCUGUCGCAAAUGGCGUGCAAGCCGAUACUUUAGUUGAACCCGAACCAUCUCGUCCUGCUUCAACAUGGUCUUCAGGUUCCAAAGACAUGGCGCCACUAGAGUCAUCCGCCACGUUGCCGGAUGUGCGACAAGGAUCCCAGGCGCGGCGAAUAAUUCCGCGUGUUCCCAAGGCGGUAAUGAAUAAGUGGUAUUUGGCGACAAUGGAAGCAAGCACUACUGGUAGCAAUUCCAAAUCAGUGGAACAUGGUGCUGGUGACCAGCCCAGAGAUGCCUCGAAGCCAGCUGGUCCAGAAGCCACAAAAGGUUCAACUCUAGCACAACUGUUCCGUUCUUCAGACACGACAAAUCGGGCUCGCAGUGGUCCUCUCACAUUACAACCUCAGGAGAGUAUCUCGGAGGUGCGUCGUCGAACUUCGACAUCUCAACCAAGGCGCGGAUUGGGAAUUGGCAACAAAAAAGCAGGUAGCGUCUCCACUGACUUGGCCACGCCUCUCAUACCGCUUCGAGAGAGGCGCCGGCAGGCCUUGCGGGAACCUGGGUGGAAGACCCUCACACCCCAGCAGCGGCAGCAACUUCUCAUCGAUACGCACGACGAGGCACUAUUUGAUAAGGCGAUCUACGGUCCGUUGAACGAGGCGAGACGUUCUGGCACAGCUCUCUAUGACCUCCCACAUCACCUCCAACCUCAGCAUGACGUACGCCCCUCAAGAUACUUCGCGCAUUUUGACCCGCGCGUGCAUUGGACAAAUGCGCGGACUGAGGAUUGGUACGACCGCAAGCAGGAUGAGAUAUCAGCCCGUGGAAGUAGGAAAUCGCGGAUACACUUUGCCAAACCUGCUGAACGAAGAGCACGACUCAAAGCCGAAGAGGCCGAGAGGGGCGGGCCACCAAGGACGGAACUGCCGGAGCGCGUACGUAGCAACCCGGCGUGGAUGGCGGCGGUGGCCGAGAUGGACGAGAUGGCGGCCGACUAUCACCGAGAAAAGCGGCAGCAGAACAAGGAGAGGCUGCGCGUGGAAGCCGAGCUGCGUAAGAAGGUCAAGGACAAGGAGAAGGAGAUGAUCGAUGCAAACGGUGAUGAUGACCAGGGUGACGUAGAAAUGGUGGAUGCUUGA